AUGCAAGAUCCAGGAGCUGGCGACCAUACAGCUUCUGAAAGCGACGAUGAAUACUUCUCAGACGCCAGUGAAGGCAAUCCCCAACCCCAGUCACUCCCACAAUCCGGUCGCACUUCCCCUGUCCCGCGGACUCGAGUCGAGAGGGUUGAUAGCAGCACCCAGCAUGGCGAGACCCCUGGCACAGCAGCAUUUGAAAAAAGACAACAGGACGCGGUCCCCGAUGAAAUUGAGGUUAUUCCAGAAGGCUCACAUAGCCAGACGCGUUCGCCCGCGGGGUCAGAGAACCAAAGCUUGUGUACUGAAGGCUUGCCGGUUCCGCGCACAGUGGUUGAGAAGGUCGAUCCAGAUGAACCUAGCCAUGGCGAGGUUCCCGGCACUUUGGCACAUGAUCAGCGUCUCGCCGAUGCUGUGCCCGACGUCGUGACCAAGGCUUCAGAUUCCGAUAGCAGCCCACCGCCACCAACUCUCGACUCUACACCUCCUGAGGUUGAUGGGCCUACAGCAGACAUUCCUGAGACACGGCUCGGGCGGGUGGACACAAUAGCCACCGAGGAAGACCUGUCGUCACACCCACAAGCCCAUACAAGCUCAACGAGUGACACAUUACCCGAUGCGGUAGAGACCGUCCCAGAUAUCUCCAUAGAUGAUACAGACCUGAAAACCAAAGACCUCUCAUUGGAGGAUGACAUGAACGACGACCAUGGAUAUGAAAAGCAAGAAGCGGGUGAUGAUUUUGAUGAGUUUGUAGAAGAGCAGGAAGAUAUGGGAGAUGACGAUUUUGGAGAUUUCGACGAUGGUUUCCAAGAACCCAAUGCAGAAGAAGCUCCCACAGUUGAAACUACGGCAUCUCAGCAAUUCCACGCACCUCCACCUCUUACUGACUUCGACACAUUCAAAUCCACCUCCGAACUCCUCGAUUCCCUCCAAGACACCCUUAACACCCUCUUCCCCGAAUCCCAAGACAUAAGCUCUCUCACACCCGUGGAGCCAAUCCCAGACUCCACAGCAAUCUUCAGCACCGAGCGUUCCCUCUCACUAUGGUCCCAGCUCGUGGCACCACCACCCCUCCAGCCCCAAAACUGGGUGAAAUCCCGCAUCCGCCGACUAUUCCUCGUAUCGCUGGGCGUGCCCGUUGAUCUGGACGAAAUCCUCCCAGCCUCCAAACAGAAAAAGCUCGUUCUACCUUCUAUUGAUCUAGAAGGCACCGGCGCAAAGAGCCCCGGCGCUCGCUCCAGGAGUCGGGUCCGCAAAGAAGAAGGCAACGACAACAACACCGAAAAGGGGCGAACCCCCUCCCGCCAGAAGGCUACUCCCCGCCGUGGCGCACCGCCAGCGCCAGAAAUAGAUCUCUCAGCGGUCCGCCGGCUGUGUGCUACUACCGAUGCUGCAUUGAAUGGUCUCACAGAUGCAGAGUUGAAGCUGCAUGUCCAGGAACUAAACCAGUUUGCCCAGCGCGCUAGUUCAGUAUUGGAGUACUGGCUGAAGCGGCGGGAUGGCUUGGUUGGUGAAAAAGAGGCUUUCGAGGGUGUCAUUGAGAACCUCGUUAGUCAUGUUAGGAGAGUCAGAAAGUAG